GUGAUCGUUGACAAAACAUUGUUCUUGAUUUCUUCAUGUUGAAUUCGUAGUGAGUGUACCUCCGAAGACCUAGAGAUAAAAAAGAACACUGCCAGAUUUGAGAAUCGUUUGUCAAAUAAAUCAACCAUCUUCUAACUUGUUUCAGCAUCGUUAAGGGGAACAGACCGCCAGGAUCAACGCGGCGUCAUCUUUCACGGUGAAGAUCGGAUGUGGACAUUGUGCCAUUCGACUGACGAAACGGUAGCAACGGAGGAAAUCGCGAUUUCGAACGACCUGGCACGUGAGAGGAGGGCAUAUUGGAUGAACAGGGGAGAUUGUCGGUGAUGGACAAUGAGCAGCCGCAUCAGGAACUGGUCAAGUGCGUGGUCGUCGGCGAUACGGCAGUUGGAAAGACCAGGCUGAUCUGUGCGAGAGCCUGCAACAAACACGUGUCGCUGUCGCAACUCUUGACGACUCACGUGCCCACCGUCUGGGCCAUCGACCAGUAUAGAAUCUACAAGGACGUCCUAGAACGUUCCUGGGAAGUAGUCGAUAACGUGAAUGUUUCCCUGCGACUUUGGGACACGUUUGGCGACCACGAGAAGGAUCGACGUUUCGCGUACGGCAGAUCGGACGUUGUGCUACUAUGUUUCUCUAUAACAAAUCCCGUAUCUUUACGGAACUGCAAGGCGAUGUGGUACCCGGAAAUACGACGAUUCUGCCCACAGACUCCGGUACUGUUAGUAGGCUGCAAGAACGAUCUACGUUACAUGUACCGAGAUGAGACUUAUCUGAGCUAUUUCCGUGACCGCAGUCCGUUCGUGAGAGCUACGAGGAAGAGCGAUCUGGUAAUGCCUGAUCAAGCUCGAGCUGUUGCACGUGAGCUUGGUGUUUGCUAUUAUGAGACUAGCGUCUUUACAUAUUACGGUGUUAACGAAGUCUUCGAGAAUUCGAUACGCGCUGCCUUAAUCGCGCGUCGCCAACAACGAUUUUGGAUGACAAACUUGAAGAGAGUGCAAAGGCCUCUUCUUCAGGCACCGUUUUGUCCACCAAAACCUGUACCACCGGAAGUGUGUCUGGCGGCAAGCACUUACGAAGAAAACAUGAAAACGUUGUGGACAAAACCAGUUCACACUGAUGUGACUUUGAUAGCCGGAAACUGCACGUUUUCCGCUCACAGGUGUCUUUUAGCUGCAGCAUCGCCCGCGUUCCAUCGACUUUUCUCUAUGGAACUCGUUCAGGAACAAACACCUCGAAGCUCUAGCGAAUCUAGCAUGGUGAGUACAUUCGGCGAAGCAACGGUCGGUGACUUCAACGAUGACACCGAAUGCCUCAUUCGUAUCGAUCAAUCAAAACCUGCAAAAGUUUGGGAACAACUGAAGCGACGUUCAAGCUUCCAAGUACUGCCCACGGUGGACAACCAAAAGAAACCACCUGGAGCUACUAGAGAACUUAAUCAUCCUGCCUUCCAGAACAUCCGUGUAUGCUUGACUGAAAAUACAAAUGGAAUGCAGCAACCAACGACCGUGGUGACGCUGUCUAAACUGAUUACACCCCAGGCGAUGCAGCAGUGCUUGCAAUUCAUUUACAUGGGCAGCUUGGAUAAACGGUAUCACGAUCUACAAACAGCUCCUAUCGGGCUUCUACUGGAGAUUAGGCAGGCGGCGGAAUUCUUGGAGCUUCCGCAAUUAUUGAUGGUGCUUGGGACUUUACAAACAAGAGAUCAGUUUAAUAAUGAUCUUAAUAAUAGGUAUAAGCAAGUGGUGAGGCAACGUUUGGAAGACAUUUGUCUAGAACAAGGACUCUUCGCUGAUGUGAUAUUUGAACUAGACGAUGGAAGUGUUCCAGCCCACAAAGCGAUACUCACUGCCCGAUGUGAUGUAAUGAAGGCCAUGUUCUCCGGAGAUUUCCGCGAAAGUAGCGCAAAAGUGAUAGUGUUUCCCGGUGUACGCGAGUACACGUUCCACAAACUACUCUGCUAUCUCUAUACGGAUGAAGUGCCAGCAAUUUCCUCUGCCAGGUGCUUGAACCUCUUAGAAUUGGCAAAUCGUCUUUGUUUGCAACGACUGGUAAACUUGGUCGAGAGCAGAGUGAUCGAAGAUCUCGGGAGAUUGUCUCAGAACGAGGGAAACGAGGCCGUGGAGAACUGUCUGAGACUGCUGGAACCGUGCAAGUUGCAUAAUGCCGAUCAACUAGCUGACUGGUGUAUGAACCACUUGUGCGUCAAUUACAACAAGUUGUGCAAGAUGUCUCCGCGAAGCGUACGCCUUCUGCAUCCGGAGAACCAGGAAUAUUUGAACGAGCAUCGAUGGCCUCCAGUAUGGUAUUUAAAAGACUACGAUUACUACCAAAAAUGUUUGGCAGAACGUGACCGCGAAAAUAAUCCGACGUUGAAGAGAAAUCGCAAUCAGUCCGGUUGCUUAUGCUUCUCUGGUACAAGCAAAACCAGAAGAGAAAGUUCGAACGGUGGUGGAGGUACAGCAUCGUCGGCGAACAACGAUCCGCAAGCUGAACGACCCCUAUUCGACUCUAUAGAGUCAGGUGAACAGGUUGUAUGACAAGAGCCUAGCGGCUUACGCCGCUCAGUCCGAUUCAUUCUGGUCCUACCCGUGCUCAUGGUCUUCAUAUGCACCAUUUUUACUAUUUUGAUACUGCUACAGAUUUAUACUUAAGGAACGUUAAACACGAUCUAUGCACACUCGAAGAUGCCUAUGAAAAAAUCCGGAUAUAGGUCAUCCAGUCCUUUACCAGCCGUACGUAAUGAGAAUGAAUUUCUUGGUUCUUCUUUCUAUUUUUCUUUGUCCUGGAAAAAAGUGUCCAGUCUAAGAAAAAAACGAUAUAUGAAUUACAAUUCCAAGAAAAAUUGGUGCGAUCGUAUCUUUUGUACAACUUCAACGGAAAUGAAUCCGACAUAUUGUCAUUUCCGUAUUGUCAUUUAAGAAGUGUAUUUAAAACAAAUUUUACGCUGUCGAUUCUUUUAGAAUUUCACACGGGCGUCCGUCGUUUGUAAGCAAAUAAAACAAGAUGGUGCCUUUUGUUGACGACUCGUCGUUGCUGCCACAGCGACCCUAAAACAGGGUGAUGUCGAUCACCUGGGACAUGUUUUAACGUCUUUUUGAUCGUAUCCGUAAAUAUGAAUUACAGUGAAAAAGAUGAAUCACGAUAUAAGUUGAAGAAUGUCUUGCAUCCAAUUGUCCGUCAAUGAGCACGGCACGUUUUUCUAUGGAGAACGUGAAUGCUUCAGAUUGCUCAUCCACUUUGAUCACGUAACAAGUGAUUUUUAUACAAGAGUUACUUCGGUGGUUCUUAACACCCUUGAGAUUUUUUCAUAUUCCUCUGGUUAAUAUUGUUCAUGAUUUCUGUAUAUUUCUAAACCAAAAUUUCUACAUUAAUUUCAUGGUGAAUUUCAGGACGCAUAGAAAACCGAAUUGCAUUUUCUACCGAAUCGUUGUGCGUCUAAAUACUGGGAAAUCUUGAACAGUAUUUACUUCGAUAAUUAUUGUAAUUUCCAGCUUCCCCUCCGCCUAAAAUUACAACUUAAUUCUAUAAAAAAAAGAAGGGCAAGAGGAAAAGGGCUGGAAAAUUUUUUAAAUCGAGCCACUGAAGGAAAAAAAAGAAAUUUUCAAGAGACGAUUAAGAUUCGUCGUAAUUUUAUCGAUGCGUGUUAGACUGAAGAAAACGAGCAAUAGCUUUAGUCCAUAGUAGAGCGUGAUUAUACUAAGGGAUACACAUAGUUCUAUAAGGAAUAAGUAACUAUUAAUAAUAAAUCGACGCGGAUUUUUACAUUGUUUGUACAGCAUCCGACGACGCUUCAUCUCUUGAGUUUCCGUUCGACGAGAUUACGGUUUCUUCGAGUGCGAGAAGUCCUCUCGUAUUUGUACUAUUUUGUAACGAUUUACGGCUAAAUAAAACGGCUAUUCUCGUCAA